AUGCUGAUGGCGCAUCUCCUCGAGCACCUGCCGGCGGGAGAAGCUUCCGGCAUCGUCGCCGAGUACCUUCCAUUCCUGGAACCGGGUGCGACCGUCAUGCUGAUCUGCCCUCAGGAACGUGGCUUCGCCAGCGAUCCCACGCAUACCGUCUUCCUCGACGGCGUCGACAUCGAAAAGAUCUGUGCGGACAACGGUCUUGUAGUCAGGCGCUCGCUGUCGUUCCCGUUUCCGCGGUGGAUGGGAAAGCCGUUCAUCUACAACGAGUCUGUGGUGAUCGCGGAGGUCCCGUCCAGCUCUGACGCCUGUCGCGGUAGUAGAUCACGGAAGGCCGGCAAGGAUAACGAGGCGAAGCCCAUACCGACA